AUGACUAUUAUUCCACCAUGUUUCUGUUACCCCUAUAAUAUCUGGUUUCACUUCCAGCACCAGUAGUGAUAGUUAAUCCAUUUUGUCACCCAGGCUCCUUGCAUUGGUGUACCAACAUCUUAUCUGUUGCUGCUUGGCUUUGUCCACAUUCCUUUCCUGAUUGGGUACAGUUAUUCUUCUUCCAGUGUCACCUAUCUGACUGGUAUCAGCACUAUCCUUCCUCUUAAUGUCCAUUCUCCUACCCACUGUGGCUCCUUUCUCCAUUGCUGUAUCCUUUCUGACUUGAUUUUCCUCCCUCUCAAUCUUAGAAUCAGGCAUGGAGAUUACAUGAGCAUCUCCCCCAAGUUUCUAGUUUAAAGCUCUUUUAAUCACUUGUGCCAACCUCCAUCCCCAAAUGGUCCCUUUUGGUCUUAAAUCUAAGAAUCAAUUAAUGAAAAAAGUUGGGGUAUGGGGCAGAAGCGGGGCAAGUUAACUGGGUGACAGCUCUUUGGGGUGUGUGGGGAAUCUCUCUGGAGUGAAGAAGUUUCUCUGUCGUGAGAGAAUAUAAACCCAGCUCUCAGUUUGCAGUGGGAAGUCUUAUGGAAUCAAAAGAUGGAAAUCUAUCUAAUUUCAUGGUACAGCCAAGUCUUUCAAUGUUCAUUACUUUUCACUAUCACAGGAUGCAGCUCAUGGAGAAAGGAGAUGCGGAAAAUCAAACAGAUGUGACAGAAUUCAUCCUCCUGGGGUUUGGGGAUCUCCCUGAACUGCAGAUCCUUUUCUUCCUGGUUUUCCUAGUGAUCUAUAUUGUGACCAUGGCAGGAAACAUCCUCAUCAUUGCUCUGGUUGUGACUGAUCAGCACCUUCACACCCCUAUGUACUUCUUCCUGGGGAACUUGUCCUGCCUGGAGACCUGCUACACUUCUGCCCUCCUGCCCAGGAUGCUGGCCAGUCUCCUGACUGGGGACAGAACCAUUUCUGUGCGGGGCUGCAUGACACAGUUUUUUUUCUUUUGUUUUCUAACAACUACGGAGUGUUCUCUCCUGGCAGCAAUGUCUUAUGAUCGGUAUUUAGCCAUAUGCAAACCACUGCACUAUGGAACCUCUAUGAAUGGCAAGUUGUGCCUCCAGCUAGCAGCUGGGUGUUGGAUAAGUGGAUUUCUACUUUGUACAAUAAUGAUAGGUUUUAUGUCACAAUUAAUUUUCUGUGGCCCCAAUGAAAUGGACCAUUUCUUUUGUGAUCUCACCCCAAUGCUAAAGCUCUCCUGCAGUGACACCAGCCAGAUGAUGCUGAUUCUUUAUAUAUUUUCCUUCCCACAUGCAGUUUCCCCCUUUCUAUUAACCUUGACAUCCUAUGUUUGUAUUGUUAGCACCAUCCUGAGAAUCCCUUCCACCACCGGGAGGCAAAAGGCCUUUUCCACCUGCUUCUCUCACCUCAUCGUGGUAACACUUUUCUAUGGGACCAUAAUGAUUGUCUACCUGGUACCGAAAUCCAGCAACCUGAGAGUCCUGAACAAAGUAUUCUCUGUCUGCUACACAGUCCUGACUCCCCUGGCCAAUCCCCUCAUCUACAGCCUGAGAAACAGAGAGGUCAAGGUGGCCCUGAGAAAAGCUGUUAGGAAAUGUCUGGCCCUCACAAAGGAUUCAGACUAGUUGAAUGAAAUGAGGAUCAAUCAAUCUGGUUUCUAUUGUGAAAGAAGGAGGGUCUAAGUGGGCCCUGAUACAGCAAUGCAGUAUACAAGAGAUGUGUGUGCUUGCACACACACA